AUGCCAAUCCCCGUAAUCAUCAUCGGCAGAACCGCCGCCAUCGGCGCCACCGUCGCAAAACACCUCGCGCCGGACUACGAAGUUAUCCGCUUCAUCCAAUCCCUCCGCGCCGCAAAGACAGAACUACCCUACAUUCUCUCCAAGCGCGAGCCACCCAAUUCUACUACUACUACUGCUACUAGUAGUAAAUGUGCUAUUGGCAGCAAUGACUACACCCGCGGCGCACGCGCCGUCAUCUUCGGACGCGCGUUUACACUUGCUCAAGCCGAAGAAGUGCGGCGAAACACCACCAACCAGCUACGUGUACUUCUAGAGAGCGGUAAUAAUAAGACCGAAGGAAAAGAUGCUGUGACGUGGAUGGUCGGCGAUCCCAGUCUCGAUCUGACACAGAAACCGGCAGUUGGGGCCGGAUAUGCUGAGAAUGCGGUGCGUGAGGUAAAAGCGGUAUUGAAGGAGAGAAUUGGGGAGGAGGGGAUUAUUCUUUACUAA